AUGGCUUGGUGGUGGUAUUAUCUAGUACCUGCAAUAGUCGAUUUAGUUCGAGCACAAAAUGCAUUCCCUGGUGGAGGUUUUUUAGCAGAUCCUUUUCUUGAACUUACUGCAGGAGUAACAUCUCCUCCUAAUGAAAAAUCUUCUAGAUCCGAUUCAUUAUGUGUUUCCAAUGGUGCUUUGGCUGGUUCAAUUAUUGGUACUUUAAUAUUAUCUGCUUUUAUUGGUUUUCUUGCAUGGAUAAUCUAUUUAAGACAGAGAUUACAAGAAUUUCAAUCAUACAAAAAUCAAGAAGUAGUAGCAUCAUCAGAAAAUCAUCGUAGUAUUCCAUCGAUUUCUAAACGUCAGCAAAACAAACAAUAUACAGAUACACUAGAUCUUACCGGCAAUCAAUCACCAAUCGAUGGUGCAGAGUAUAAAUUCGGCACAUUUCCAUUUCGUCAAUCACAAACACCAAGCGUUCUUGGUCAAUAUAAUCCUUCCGAUUGGAUACAUCGCGUUCCAUCAUCAUUUCGUUCCGAGACGAUGAAUAAAGAUGCACAAAUGAUUGAUGUUGAAUUAUUAAAUCCAACGUUUUGUGGUCUUAAUUUCAGUAUAACAGGCAAUAUGCGUGCUGGAAUAUUCAUCAAAGAUAUACUUGAUAAAGAAUCUGCCGAAGGAGAAAUUAAAUUAAAUUCUUCAGAUCAAUUACGGACAGGCGAUCGUAUUAUGGCAUUAACUGUAUGCUUUGAAUCCAUAGUUUAUGAAGACGCAUUGACCAUUCUUAGUUAUGCAUCACCUUAUCCCGUUAUUCUUCGUGUGCAACGUCCUUUCAAUUCAACCAAAAUAAAUGUUUUAACAGAAAAACAGCUAACAACAAUAAAUUCAACAACUAAAGUCAAAUGGCGAGAUGAUUUUGAUCACUAUGAUAAUGACACACCACACAAUCGUUCAAUCGUUCAUCAAGAUGUAUCAACAACUAUUAUGACAGAUACAAAAUCUUUUCCUACAAAAACUCAUCCUCAAUCAUCAACGAAAAGAGUUCGUUUACAACCAAAUAAUAACAAAUCAUCAUCGACAACUAAAGGUAAUAAAUCUAAAAAGGUAUCUAACACUGUCGGAGCUGCAACAAAAUGUUCGGAUAUUGGCAUAAAAAAACAUCAACAUAAAACAUCGAAUACAUUGAUAUUAACAUCAACAGGCUUGACAGCAAAGUCAAUAGAUAAAAUUUCGACGCUACCAACAAAUAAAACGACAAUGAAAUCUGUUACUGAUACCGUUAUGUCUUAUCUUCAUUAUCGAGGUGCUAAUUCAGGACUUGUAACAGAUGUGACCAACAUCUCUGAAGCAGCACUGAUGCCAUACUAUGAUUCUCCUUAUGAUUAUUAUGGCCCACCCGUGCCUCACGCAAAUUUGAAUAGAAAUAAUAAUAAUUCUCUAUCAACUGAAUCAUUAACUCCUGUUACAUCAAUUUAUACACUACAAUUGUCAUCAAUAAAACCCAAUAAUUCAGUUCAAAGAGCUAUUAUUCCACGUCGAUGUCAGCGCCGUGUUUCUUCAUCUGCUGCCAUUCUACCUAUGACUAUUAAACAAACCGAUGGUAAAAAUAUUAUAAUCAAGAAUAUUGACACAUUUGUAUAA